AUGGAACCUAAAGCUACAAUGUUCAAUGUCUGGACAAUGAUUGGUAAAAACGGACCAAAUGAUGAGAUUAAAAUAGUUAAUUCUCCACAAAGUUGGCAUUCACGUUUUUAUCGUCUUCACCAUCAUGAUCAUAAUUAUCAUCUACCUCUUCAUCCUCCUCGUCUUUUUCAUCCUCCUCAUCAUUGUCAUUUACAUAUCACCAACAAACAUUUGUAUCUUUCAGGUCAUCAUAGAGUUCUCUUUGACGACCAGAUGCUGCAAGAAUCGGACAUUGGUAAGCUUGAUUCUGAAGACAGAAUCCUAGUAAGUAGAGAUAGCGGUGUCAUUGUAAAUGGUACGGGUCCGGCUCUGACCAUUGCUUCCGAGGUGUGGGAUACGCAUGAAGAGAGCUGGAAUACUUUAUCUAAAUUUGAUGGCUAUUGCAACAGAAGCCACAUGAACAGCGGCAAAGGCGACCGAGACGUCGCUGACGGUGACCCAACUCACUCCUUGACACUUAUAAAAGCAGACGAUAAUAUUAAGAGAAAUACCACCACCACCACCAUGACCACGGCUGCAAAUAAUAAUAAUAAUAAUAAUAAUAAUAAUAAUAAUAAUAAUAAUAAUAAUAGCAGCAGCAGCAGAACAGAAAAAGCGCGCUGUCGGAGACAAAUGUUGAAAAGGGAAACGUUAGGUGACGAUCAAAGUUGCAUUGAGUUUAGUGGAAAUGUGUUGUUUGUGAAGUUUAAACGGGUAGAUGAAACAAAGGGUGGAAUAGAAGAGAUAAAAGAAGCGCUGGCAGAACUAAAAUGGAAGAGACAAAGAAAGGGAAUGGUCGAAGAAUUUACUAUACAAAGUGGAAUCUCCAGGGAAGAAUACAGGAGGAGCAAAUGGCUGCCAGUGAAAAGUGACCAAACUCGAAGAGAAAUGCUGACAUCAUCAAAAGUGAGAAGAUCCCAGUGUUCAGGAUGGCAGCCAGAGACGGCAGCCACACCAGCGCCACCCCUGGCACAACCAUCUUUGCCAUUAUAUUCCUCAGCCUCCUCCUGCCUCUGGCAACCAGAAUUAGGAAGUCUCGCAGUGAGGCUAGUAAUUAAAACCUUCUACUGCUCCUUUCCCCACCAAAGCAAAAAGCUGGCUCCACCACCACCACCACCACUUUAUAUUAUUAUUACUACUACUACUACUACUACUAACGGUCUCUGCUGCAGUGAUCGAGGUUAUGACUACCACCACCAUUAUUCAUGCUAUUAUUAUUACUUCGACAGAUACAAACAAACGAUACAAACUGCUGAAGAGGAGUCGGAUAUAAAACAUUUGUUAAUACGUUUCAAGUCAGCUGUAGUGUUGGCAACAACAACAAUUGUGGUGGUGGGGGCGGCGAUGGUAAUAGUAGUAGUAGUAGUGGCAGUCGUAACAACGCUGAACUCCAGUGGUAAUCCAUCUGGCGUUACCCGUUCUCUGAUUCCUUGUAGCCACAGCAUCACUUCUGACAGAAACCCUGUUAUUACCUCCCCCUCCUCUCCUUCUCUAAGAAAGGUAACAACUUUGGAUGGCAGAUGCCAAGUGGAAACGAAACCACGACCCGACCGACUCCACCGAAACACCACUCGACCUCCUCGCCUCCCCUUCACAAUCGGCUGCUAUUGUGACCAAGCCUGUUUAGACAACAUCAAUGGAGGUGCAGCCGCGCUGCCUGCCAACAACUGUGACGACAACCUCUUCCCCGCACAUGACCACCACCACCACCACCACCACGAUGACGCUGACGAUGAUGCUGACGACGCUGAUGAUGAUGAUGAUGGCACAUCUGGGGAUGGUUUUAAUAACACUUUAACACAAACAACUAAUUUCAUAGCCGAGCCUAACACUACAGCCACCACUGAACUUACUACUACUACUACUACUGUAGCUACUGCUGCUACUAGAACGAAACAAACAAAAACAAGGAACUGCAACAACAUCAACAUCAAUAACGGCAGCAGCAGCAGCAGUAUCAAAAGAUGCGAUAGAAAACGCGUUGACGACGAGAAGACAAACGAGAGCGGCGAUAAAAGUAAAUUAGACGACAGAGAUAACAACAGAGUCUGUGAUUGUCGACUGAACAACAACAACAACAAGAACACCAACAGCAACAACAGCAGCAAAGACUGUGUAGCAAGAAGCGAGUUUCGGAUGGAGAAAGAAGCGAGCGAAACGGUGAUGUUCUCCAGUGAUACAAACACCGACUCGGACUGCUACAAUAACAACAUCACCAUUAACAACAACAGCAAUAACAAAAUUAGAGACGAGAAAGUAGCAGCCAUGACGAGAAGGCGAGAGUUAGAAGACUGUGAAGCGGAUUUCACCAACAGCGCCACCUCUUGGUCGAUGACGGCGGCGGCGGCAACCAACACGAACAACAAAAACAACAACAUUAGUAGAAACAAUAAGGUGGAAGUAUAUGAUGAUGAUGAUGAUGAUGAUGAUGAUUGUGGUGGUGAUGUGAGUGAGGAUUGUCGGUCAGCCCCUCCAACGGCCUCCCCUACUGACAGCUGUUCUUCCCUGCUACUAUUACCACCUCCGCCAACUGACGCCGCCGCCGCCGCCGCCGCCACUGCUGUUUCUCUUCCUCAUCUUACUUUGACUCCAUCAACUACAAACAGCAACAGCAGCAGGUUCGGCUCAGCCGCCGCUCCACAGUUCUUGACUUCGGCAAAACUGUCAGAAAGGGAAGCCAUCAACAUGUCGACAAGCAGAGACGGCCAGUGUUGGACCCAGCUGUCUCCUUCUACUGUUUACACCUUUAUUUACUGGUCGCCCCUCAACAAGUCCUACACCAACAAAGAGCCAUUGCUGCUACCUCCAUCUCCUUCGUCUAAUUCUUCAUCAUCUUCAUCAUCAAUAUCAUUACCAUCAACAUUCUCAUCAUCAACAACAGCAUCAUCAUCAUCAUCACCUUCAGUAACAACAUCAGUAACACCAUCAGAAUUAUCACCCCUACCACCACCACCACCACCACCACCACUACCAUCAUCAUCAUCAGUAUCCUCAUCACCACUACCCCCACCUCCUGUAGUAGAAGCAAUGGUAUCCCCCACAGGCACAGCUCCGUCAGACUUACCAAAAUCUCCGUCGUUUCCAGUCGCCAACACAACAGUGCCGCGGAUUCAAUGUUCCAAACCGACCCCGAUGUUAACACUCAACCGGCUUUCCAAUACGACAGCGUCCAGUUUUAAUUACCAUGGAAGCGGGUUCGGUUCCUGGACGAAAUACCUUUUCUUCAUGCUGCUGGUCGUUGUACAAUUACUCUCCCAGCCAGUGGACUCGGCCCAGCCGCGAACUCAAAGGAGUGCUGGGACGAAUAUACAGAAAAAAGGAAUGAAAUAUUUGAUGGAGUUCGGCUACGUUAAUGGCCCAAGUUUAGAGAUGGAAAAUUUGAUGAGCGAAGAGGCUCAGGUGAAAGCAAUCCGUAGAUUCCAGGCUUUUGCCAAUUUACCCCUCACAGGACGUCUUGACCAUCGGACAAUAGAAUGGAUGGAAAAACCUCGAUGUGGAAAUAAAGAUACUUUACCGGAGGAUACGUGGGGAAAUGAGAGAAAGAAACGAUACGUUAUAUCUGGAUCCCAAUGGGAGAAAACGAACCUGACGUUCAGGUUCCUAAACUACAGUCCCGAUGUGAAGUUUACCAAAAUCCGGACAGUGAUAUACGAAGCUUUCCGCGUCUGGAGUCAGGUGACUCACCUCACUUUUACCGAGAUUAUGUUUGGAUCAGCCAAGAAGGACGCCGACAUCCGGAUUAUGUUUGCGCAAAAAUUCCAUCACGAUGGAUAUCCAUUCGAUGGACCAGGCAAUAUUCUGGCUCACGCAUUCUUCCCGGGUGAAAACAAAGGAGGAGACGCACAUUUUGAUGAUGACGAGAAUUGGACAGUCGAUUCUGAUGAAGGAGUCAACCUGUUUAUGGUAGCAGCUCAUGAGUUUGGUCAUGCUUUGGGUUUGUCCCACAGCAAGACCCCAGGAUCACUGAUGUAUCCAUGGUAUGCCGGAAAACAGUCAAAAUAUUACACCCUCCCAAAAGAUGAUGUUGAGGGCAUCCAGAAACUUUAUGGUGUUAAAAACAGUAAUAACACACCUGUGAUAGUUUUAGUCCCUAACCAUGAAGGAUCUAAAGAAGAUAAAGAUGAGAAAAAGGAGGAAGAGGAAGAUGAAAAUAAAGAUGAAGGCUUCGUUGAUAAUUGCACCCACAAAUUCGACGCUAUUACCAGAAUUAGAGGUGAUGUUUACAUCUUCAAAGGAAAGUAUUUCUGGCGUUGGGAGUCUGGAGGCAUGAAAGACAGUUCUCCGAUACUAAUAACACAGUUUUGGUACAACUACCCAGAAGAUAGUGUUGAUGCUGUCUUUGAACGGAAGAAAGGUUCCAAAAUUAUGUUCUUCAAAGGUAACAAGUACUGGUUGUAUGAUGCCAAUCAUAUGGAGAAAGCUUGGCCCAUUGAAGGCCGACCCUUAACAGAGCUUGGUCUGCCAGCAGACCUGAAGAAAAUCGAUGCAGCUUUCACCUGGAGCUACAACAAACGUACUUACCUGGUCAGUGACGAUAUGUACUGGAAGUUUGACGAGAACGAAAAUUAUGUUGUCUAUGACUACCCACGAGAUAUGAAAAUUUGGCAAGGAGUCCCAACACCACUUGAUGCAGCUUUCCAGUUUAAUGAUGGAAAGACAUAUUUCAUAAAAGGCAAACAUUAUUGGGAAUUCUUAGACAGUCAGAUGCGUGUGAAGACAAAACUACCAACUGGCAAUAUUUCCGAACGUUGGAUGCAAUGCAAGACACCACCAAAGAACAUAGGACUUCCAAAAUCCAGCCACGGAGUCCCCACUCCUUCAAAGGGUUUCUCUGCCCUCUCUCUAAUGGCACUACCAAACCUAGUGCUCCUUUCUCUCCUCACCUCAUACUUAUAGCUCCCAUCUCUGCUGUCUUUACUAUCAAAUCACGCUAUUGUUGUUCUUGGCAUUCUUGUUGUUGUUGUUGUUGCGACCAGUUUUACAAUCUUUCGCAUACUCUUUUCGCAUUUUAUCUCAAAAAAAAAAAAAAUAUUAUUAAUUCAAAAACAACAAUUAUUCCCUGCCAAGAAUUUCAUUUUGCUUCUAUUUUCUUUUUUUUUUUUUGCAUCUCAAUGGAUUAAAGAGGAAUUUAGCUUUC